AGUCCUUAAAAAUAUUUAUGGAGUUUUUAGGACACUCAUUGAGAGUCCUGAAAAAACACAAUUUAGGACUCGCAAUGAGUGUCCUAAAAAAAUAUGCGAGUCCUAAAAAAAUCUGGGCUAAAAAAUGAGUGUUUUACUUAACAAUUUUAAGGACUUCUUUUGGGAGUCCUAAAAACACUUGGGCUAAAAACACUUGGGCUAAUAGAGUAUUCAGGACUCUCAAAGCAAGUCCUUAAAAUUGUCUCAUUGUUUAAAAAAUAUAGGGUCAAAAUACACAUUUGAGAUUUAUUUCAGUCACACACAAAAUAUUUUUAAUUUAAAUAAAAAGAAAUUUAGUUAACUAAAAAGAAUUUAUAUAUUAGAUAUCAUAUAUUUUUUAAUUAAAUAAAUAAGAAAAUUUAAAAAAAAAAAAAAAAAACUGAAACCCUCUUUCCCUCUAUCUUCCCCGAAGCUCUUCCCUCUUUCCCUCCAUCUUCCUUCUUUUCCCUCUAUCUUCCCCGAGCUCCAUCUUCCCUCUUCCCCUCUAUCUUCCUUUUUUUCCCUCUCUUUUCCCUCUAUCUUCCCCGAAGCUCUCUUCUCCGAAGCCCUCUUUCUCUCUCUCGACGGCGGCAAGGGGGUCGGGGUCGGGGUCGGGCUGUUCGGCAGCAGGGGGCUAGGGGCUGGGCUCAACAGCAAUGACUGGUGGCUCGGGACUGGGCUUGACAGCAACGACUGGUGGCUCGAGGGCUGGGCUCGACGGUGCAGGGGCUGGGCAGGACGUGGAGGCUUGGGGGCUCGUUGGGGCUGGACGGCGCGGAGGCUUGGUGGCUCGUUGGGGCUGGACAACUCAGAGGCUUGAUAGAAAAUUGAGGAUGGGACUUGAGAAGCUAGCUUGCAAGUUAUGAUUAAACAGGUUUCAAGUUUGGGAUGGAGGAACUGUCAUUUCUUUUAACAAUAGAAGGAAAAAUUACCAGAGAAGCUUGAAACAGUUGGUGCAUUUCAAAAGCUGCCCAUGGUGAUGCAAUCUUUUGAUAUUCUUUACUCAGCAAUAAAGAAGGCCAAGAGAGUUUCUUCAACUAAGGGCAUUGCCAACAUUGCAAAGCGAGAGAGAAAUAGCGGUGCAAAGCAGCUUGAUGCGCUGAUGAAAGAAUUGGCAGCUCCUUUGAGGACUUACAUGGAGAGUUUUCCAAAGAGACAUACUAUUCAUCCAUAUGAGCGAUCUCUUAUUAAAUUGACUCUUGGAGAUGGAAAUUAUCAUUAUAUUAUAUCAAGAAUUAUUGUUAUAAGGUCUAUAUUGAGAUGCAUUUCUUUGGCGCAAUACUAGACAACAUUAGUAGUUGAAGUUUUUAGAAUAAAAAAUAUAUUUCACUAACUUUGUAUACAUUUCUUGUUUAAUAUUUGGUGAUAAUAGAAUUUGAUUGUAGUAUAAACUAUCAUGUAAUAUGAUUUUGUAAGCCGAGUAAACUAAAUAUUGAAAUUAUAUUUUUUAGUAAUUAAUAAAAAAUU